UCUUCUCGGCUUUCCUGGGAUUAUUCGUCUUUGUAAUUUUGGGGACUUCCAAGGAAUGUUCAAUCGGUCCCACGGCCGUCAUAUCUUUGAUGACGUUCUCGUACGCCAGUGAUGAAGGAGGCCCGAUCUAUUCCAGCACCCUGUUAGCUUUCCUAGCUGGUUCGCUAGAACUAGUAGCAGGACUCUUGAACCUAGGAUUCAUGGUCGAGUUUAUUUCGGCUCUUGCCAUUUCUGGCUUUUGUUCAGCUGCCGCUUUGACUGUAUCGUCGACCCAAGUUUAGGGCCUCUUCGGCUUGAAAUGCAAAGGAUCCUCGUUUAUCGAAAUUUGGCGAGGUUUUUUCGAAAACAUAACGAAAUGCAAUCCUUGGGACUCCGCCCUGGGUUGUUCUAUGAUAGUAAAACUUCUUCUAAUGCGGAAAUUGACUUCAUUAAAAAAUCUUGGCCCUUUGAAGAAAGUUGGUUUCUUGCGCAGUCGCGCUGUCGAUUCUAGUCUCUGGUUUAUUGCCACAAGUCGCAACGCUAUCGCCGUCAUCGCCGGCUGUUUAGCCGCUUAUUUUUUAGAACAAAAUGGCUCCAAACCUUUCACUCUGACAGGUAAUAUACAAGCGGGUAUUCCCCCGUUUGGUUUGCCACCGUUCUCUGUCAAUCGAACGACCGGAAACACCACUGUUGUUUUGGGGUUUUCCGAAAUUUGUUUGGAACUCGGAGCUGCUAUCGGCCUCAUUCCGCUCAUGGCCAUUUUAGAACAAGUUGCUAUCGCCAAGGCUUUUGCAAACGGCAAGAGAACAGACGCCACCCAAAAAAUGAUUGCGCUGGGUGUUGGAACCAUCCUUGGCUCGCUAUUCAGUUCCAUGCCCGUCACCGCUUCUUUUGGAAGGAGUUCAGUGCAAGCCGCAAGCGGGGCCAAGACUCCGCUAACCAAUAUUUACGGCGGCGUCUUGGUUUUAUUGGCUUUGGGAUUUCUCAUGCCUUCCCUGGCAUAUAUCCCGAAAGCGAUUUUGGCUUCUGUCAUUAUUAUGUCAGUCAUAUUCAUGGUGGAACUUGAGGAACUAAAGCCCAUGUGGAAGAGCAGAAAGAUCGAACUAUUGCCAUUCGGUGUCACAUUCUUGUGCUGUCUCUUUGUCAACAUGGAAUAAGGAAUUCUGAUUGGAGCUGGAAUUCACUUGCUUCUGUUAGCUUACAUAGGAAAUCGACCUCAUCCUAAGACUGCCGGGAAACGAAGUCACCGAGGAAAGAGUAAUCGUAAAAGCCGACUCCAAUUUGUAUUUCCCAGGAGUUGAAAAGUUUCGCCGAGCGCUCAAUGAAGCCAGUGAGGUGAAUGCUGAAGGGUGAAGUCCUUGCUUGAUGGUUGAUCUCUCCAACUUGACGGAAAUCGACUAUAGCGUACUAAAA